ACUUCUCUUUCGUCUUUCCUAAUCUGUAAUCUGUCUCCUGUUCAUUUCUUGCUCAAUUAACCCUUUCAUGCAUUAAUACAUUAUUUAACAACAGAUCCACAUUUUUUACAUUUUUUUAAUUGCAUGUCAUGAAUUUUGGCUUUUUAUAAACAUGACUUUUACUAAAAAGUAAAUGGAUUGUCAGUGUAAAUUUAUUAAGAAAAUCUUCCUAAAAAUUGUUCACAUAAUUUGUUCGCAGGUCCAAAAUAUUCAAUAGUGAUGAUAUAAAUAUAUAUCUUUAAACAAAAUGUAGCAAUAUUCUUGACAUUUAGUUUACUGUUGUAUGAUGCAGCUGAUUUUGGAGGUAAAAAAAAUCAAUCUUUAAUUAAAAAUAUAUAUUUUAAAAAGCUAAGGCAUUUAUUGGAGUCUGGCACAAAAAAAAUAUAUUUUUUUAAUUUAAUUUGUGUUGAGACAUGGUGCACUGGGAAUAGCAGAUAGUCUACAGAAAUAUAUAAGUUUAAAUUUCAUGUUAAAUUGCACUAAUGGUGUCACGUGACCUGGAUGUGAUUUAUAACUUAUAUUUUUACUAAAAGCCUUAAACUGACUUCAUACAGGAGAGAGGGAAUAAAGCUCAGGAGAAUAUUUUAAUUACAGCUCCAACAGCAGAGCAGUUGGUUAAAGGGGAAAAAUAAUAAAUCAAAAUACAGAAUUACAAUAUGUAAGGUAUAUUGGGUUUAUUUUCUAUCUAUCUAUCUGUCUAUCUAUAUACAUUUACUGUUAAAUAUUCAAGAUAUUGAUCCUUCUGUUUUUUAUUCAUUUUCAGUGCGCUCUCAGACGUUUGGACCCGACUGUAUAUUAAAAAGUAUCUGAAUAUAUACUCUUAUGUAAGGAGUCAGGGGUUGAAUCACCUGAUUUAUGAUAUUUUACUGCUCAUGAGACUAAAUUAACUGAAUAUUAUAUUAAACAACAUCCACACUGGAUCCUGAACUAUCACAAAAUGCAAGCACACUUUAAUUAGGGAGCUGUUGGGAAUUUUAGUCAAGUUAAGUGGCUUUUAUUGUCAUUUCAACCAUAAACAGCUAGUUAGUACACAGUGAAACGAAACAGCGUUCCUCCAGGACCAAGGUGCUACAUAAAACAAGCACAGAACUACAAGAGACAUUACAUAUAUUUACGUAAAGUUCACAAGAGAGUACAAAACUAUCAAAACAUGACAAUGGGCACAGUGAGUUACAGUGCAGCGCCGACUAACACACAGUUCUAAUAAAAUGUGAAUCAGAUGACAGAAGUGCAAAAGAUUACCAUUAUAAGUUGCUGUAAUGUAAACAUAAGGAGUAACAGUUGUGUAGAGAGUAUAAAGAUAAUAAAGUAUGUGAUAAAUAUUUGUAGCAGCACAAAAUGCAAGUAGUGAAUACAGAGAUGUGUAAAAAUUCUGCAAUUAUUAUUAUUAAUUAGCAAUAAUUCAUCUUUGUUUGGAUCAGAAAUGUUUACUUAAUUAAUGGAGCCAUAUUAAACAUGAACCCCAGUCUGCUUCAUAUUUAUAUUACACCGGUUAGAUUCUGGUCAUUUUGAGCCGAGAAUACAAAUAACCAAAAAAAAAAAAAAAAAAAAAAAAAAAGAAGGGGUGAAAUAUCAAAUGAACUGCUUUUUACGAAAAAAAAACCAGCACGGUGAAGCAGUAAAAUCAUUAACAGCUUGUGUAUCAAACACAGUAAACACUCCACUUCCUCUCAAAACACCUUACAGAGUGUUUCAUUUCUUACACUCAGCUCCACACACACACACACACACACACACACACACACACACACACAUACACACACUGUUUAAAGAGGCAGUUUGUAAGAUUGAGUGCCCUCUGCUGGCAGCGAAGUGAAUUAAAAAUAAAACAAAAACAUUGCCGUGCCUCUUCUUCCCACAGACUGUGACUACACUCCCUCUGAUGGAAACACAAAUGCCCUUUUCCUUUUCAUAAAUUUUCCUCUUUUUAAGGAGAUGUUUGUUUCAACAGGGGGUGGAGCUUAUUUCCAGCCCUGAAAAAAUGCAAACAGAAGCAUGAAAUGAUGAAAAAUGUCUUUACUGCGAAUCCCAAUUAUUCUAAGAGAUGGUCCUGUCGUUGGUGUACCUGUGUGCGCGGGAGGUGGUCAGUGAUCACGGGUUGUCGGCUGCGUGGCUGAGCUGUGUGCCGCGCGAGCUCUACAGGCCGCUGCUGGACGCCGCGUUCGCUCACAGUCGCCCGCUGGCCAUCGGAGAGCUGGUGCAGCGCUGGCCUGAGCGGACCCUCAGCAUCGGGGGACGGAAAACACGUGACCAUGAUCCACCAAACCGCCUGUGUGUCCAGGCCCUGCUGCUCGCCGUGGUCAGGGGCUUGACGGAUAAGAGAUGUCGUCUGCAGGUGCUGGAUCUUUGCGGGCUGCAGUGCGAGGACGGCCGCUCGGAGGACGCGAUGGGCGGCUGGUCCCUCACCGUGGCGUUGUGCUCCACGCUGCUGCAGGCGAGAAACGUGGCCGCUGCCUCCAGGGGGCGCAGACAAGACGACCGAGAGAAGAAAAAGAGAGGGCUGGAGACGGAGAGAGAGCGGGACGGUGCGGUGAAACGAGACCGAGCCGGACUGAAGAAGGAGGAAGGGGAGAAGAUGGAUUGCGGUGAUAACGCAGCGCCUGAACGAGGGAUUUCGACAUCAGAAGAGGAGAAGGUGAAGGGCGUGAGGAGGAGGAUGGAGCUGCAGAGGAGAAUCGGAGCUCAGCCGCAGCAGGUUCCCAGCAGAGAGGACGUUCUGGUGGACAUCAGGGCCGAUCUGUUUGUGAACGCGCGAUCCUGGGAGCGUGUGCGCGGGGCGCUAAGCCUCUCCGGCCCCCUGCGGCUUCACUGCCGCUUCCUGCGUGUGGAGGAGCUGCCCGCGUCCUCCAUCGCCUCCCUGCUGCACCUGCUGCCCCAGGAGGAGCUCCUCGGUCUGGAUGUGCGCUACUCCAGCCUGGGCGUGUCAGGGUUAGCGCUGCUGUUGCCCCAGUUAGCACCUUUUCCUCGACUCAGCUCGCUCCGGCUGCACUACUGCAACCUGGAUGUGCAGCGCGCUCGUCCCGGCCAGCAGGAGGCGCUGCAGGACGUGUCUCGAGGGCUUGGAGAGCUGAAGCGGCUGCGCAGGCUGAGUCUCACUGCUCUGCGUCUGCCGGGACACCUGCGCCUGCUGCUCAGCUCUCUGUCGGAGCCACUGGAGGCGCUGGAGCUGCCAUACCUCAGCCUGACGUCCGGGGACGUGGCGUACCUCUCGCGCAGCCCUCACGCGUCCUCCCUCGCCGAGCUGGACCUGAGUGAGAACAGGCUGGACGAGUCGUCUCUGCACUCCCUGCGCCAUCUCCUCGCCCGGGCCGAGCGCUGCCUGACGCGCCUGUCUCUGUGCGGCUGCGGACUCUCGGACGGCCCCCUGGGGGCGCUGCUGCCCGCGCUGGGGCAAUGCCACGCCCUCCGCAGCCUCCGAUUGGCACUGAACCCGCUCUCCAGGGCGGCGCUGGUGGAGUUAGCGCGGGCCGCGGCAGGCAUGGACUCCCUGAGGCUCCUCCUCUACCCUAACCCGCUGGAGGAGUACGAGCCCGGGCUGCCCCCCCUGCCCUCCAGCGCACAGCUCCUCGACUGGCCUCUUAUCGAAGAGUCGGACGUCAAAGAGCUCACGCUGAUGCAGCUGGACGAGGUUUUGAGAGCCAAAGGGCGCAUGCGGGACCUCUUAAUGACCUCUGACCUGCUGAAAUAUAGCACUGACCUAGCAAUGGAUGAUUAGCGUCAUAGGAAAAAGGAUAGUUUAGCAACAAAAAACAAUUUUCGUAACAAUUUUGUUUCGACCUGGAGUUACGAGGCUAAUAUAGCUAACAAGCAGUGGAAGCUUAUAGCCACCAUUUUAGCAUCAAGAUUCAGGCACUACAUGCACACACUUCAUUGUGAAGUAUUUUUGUCCAUUUUUAUAUACAUACCAUGUUAGAGACUGUAUCUCACGGCAUAACUGCAAAAUUGGUAGCUAUUUGCUGCGACAUUAGCCUCGUAGCUCCACUGCAAAACGCUAGCAACAAACGUGCCUUGUUUGAUUGGCUACAUUUGAUUAUGUAUAAUUUUUAGCCACAUUAUUCCUUUAUCUCCGUAUCUCCCAGAAGUCUUGUGCAGGUUUCGGUGGGUCUCCUGCUCUGACACACCAGGUUCAGUCUCUGACGCCAUGUUGACACGCAGAGGAUCUUCUCAUCCCGGGAAACACCACGGUGAUGAAGUUUUAAUACUUAUUACUGAGCAGAAAUUGCACUUCAUUGAGAAACACGUGUUAAAACCAACCGAGGAUGAACUUUUCCCAUCAUCCAACACGAGAAGUUCCUGAAGUCACGAUGAUGCGAAACCUCUCAGCAUUAAGAGCGUGUUACUCUUUAUCCUGCUGAGAUAAACACACAGCCAACACGGACAAACACAUCAACUUCUGUUCAGUUACGUUUUCCAGGUUUGUAGAAGAAGAUUGAGUUGAGAUGAUGGAUUGAUUUUUUUUUUUUAUUACUGGUGUUCAAUAUUUGAAAACAUUAUCAUAUAAAUUUCUUUUGAUACUUUCUUCCUACAUGUUUCUCUGUGUGUGUCACUUCCAGUGAAGGGGGCGUGGCCUCUGUGUGCGUCAGUCUCAGAGAAGGAGGCGUGGCCUGUGUGUGUCACUUCCAGUGAAGGGGGCGUGGCCUCUGUGUGCGUCAGUCUCAGAGAAGGAGGCGUGGCCUGUGUGUGCCAGUCUCAGUAAAGGAGGCGUGGCCUCUGUGUGUGUCAGUCUCGGUGAAGGAGGCGUGGCCUCUGUGUGUGUCAGUCUCGGUGAAGGGGGCGUGGCCUCUGUGUGUCAGUCUCAGUGAAGGGGGCGUGGCCUCUGUGUAUGUCAGUCUCAGUGAAGGGGGCAUGGCCUCUGUGUGUGUCAGUCUCAGUGAAGGAGGCGUGGCCUCUGUGUAUGUCAGUCUCAGUGAAGGGGGCGUGGCCUCUGGGUGUCAGUCUCAGUGAAGGGGGCGUGGCCUCUGUGUGUGUCAGUCUCAGUGAAGGGGGCGUGGCCUCUGAGUGUCAGUCUCAGUGAAGGGGGCGUGGCCUCUGAGUGUCAGUCUCAGUGAAGGGGGCGUGGCCUCUGAGUGUCAGUCUCAGUGAAGGGGGGCGUGGCCUCUGAAUGUCAGUCUCAGUGAAGGAGGCGUGGCCUCUGAGUGUCUCAGUCUCAGUGAAGGGGGCGUGGCCUCUGUGUGUUUCAGUAUCAACAAAGGAGGCGUGGCCUCUGAGUGUCAGUCUCAGUGAAGGGGGCGUGGCCUCUGAGUGUCAGUCUCAGUGAAGGAGGCGUGGCCUCUCUGUCUUUCAGUCUCAGUGAAGGGGGCGUGGCCUCUCUGUCUUUCAGUCUCAGUGAAGGGGGCGUGGCCUCUGUGUGUGUCAGUCUCAGGAGCCUCAAACUCCUCAAAGCUAGCACACACACACACACAUUUCUUUUUGGUUAAAAUGUUACUGUUUGCACAAUCGUCAAUCACAUCACAUCGUAUUGAAACUUUGCUAAAAAUCAUAACUUGUUUACUUUUAUUCAUCUUGUUUACUGCUUUAAAUGUUAUUGUUUUGUUCAUUGGGGUUUUUAAACGGCCGUCUCUUGUGGCAUUCACCUCCUCAGAAAUCUCUAACAGCUCUGAGAGGUGACACAAUUCUGUCGUUUUUAAAUAGCGUGAAAUCCGUGGAGUUGGUUUCGCAGUCGAUGCUGAUUGUAGCUACAGUGUAAUUGCAGUAAUUUAUCUUUAAUCUGAGGGAAAUGUUGAUCUUCCCGACUGUUCUGUCACAUUUCCCGUAUACGAGAUACGAUAUAUAUACACGAGACGAGAUGGCAAUAUAUUUGCUCGAUAAAUCAUUAGCUAGCUUAUGCUUGGUGAUCAUAUCCAUAUUUCCCAGUUGCCUAGCAACAACAUGAACGGUGAGUGUAUCAUGUGUUUGAUUUUUUUUACUCCUUUGAGUUACAGUUUUUUUUUUUUUUUUUUGGGGAUUAGACCUCCACCAUGCCGAACUGCAAAGCUGUAGAAAACCGUCUGCUAAGUAAACGAAUGUAAAUAUAGGUUCACAGAUAUAUAAUAUUUCUCUACACUGUAAAGCAAAGAAAAAAACUAUCUGAAAUUGUCUCUAUUUAUCACAAUCACUGUGUACUGUCACAGACCACAAUCCCCGAAGCCUGGAGCUCCUGUAAGGCUUAAGAAUAGCGUGUAGAUGUUAUAGUUAACAGUGUGUACGGUGAAUGUGUGAAGAUCACUCGACAUCUACAAACGUUCUUCCUCAGAUUUUUCAUUUGAUUGACAGUUUUUUUUUUUUCCCCAGCAGGAUGAAAUUAUGCUGAGGAUUUUCUAACUCGAUGAAUUUAUAGAAGAUACUUAAACGUUUUCCUUCUAUAACGUCCUGCGACUGAUCAUUUUUUAUCUCUAGUUUGGCUCUAACAUCAGAAGGAUUAGGAUCAGCGAUGAGGCUACGUCACACACGCACGGACGGAUGGACGGAUUGAUGGACGGAUGGAUGGAUGAAUGGAUUUGCUGUAUUUACUGCACUCAGUACAAUUUCAUCGACUAACUGUGAUCUUUUUAGCUAAAUCGAACAGAUCUUUUACUUAACAGAUCUCUCUUCAUGUUUGUUAAACGUGCCAAAGAAAGGAUUUCAAUACAAUUUCAAUACAAUCAUGUUCUACUAAAACCUUUUUUUUUUUUUUUUUAAUCCUGUGUGUGACAUCAUGACUGGAUCUUAACUUCACCAUAGCGUACUCUUAUCCUGUAUUUCUGCUUUUCAAUAAAUACAAACCAAAGCGUUUCUUACAAAAACGUAA